AAGUAGACCCAACUCCCCGCCUUAUCCAAUAUGGCGGCCGAAAGGGAAGACCAUUCACCAAAACUAGACGCCAUUCCCGAUGUUGAUAUCGAUGAAAGUGGUAUAUUUAAAUACAUCUUACUGAAGAUAACAGAUGGGGAUAAAGAGAAAAAUAUCGUCAGGGGCUAUGAAUGGGCCGAUUUCCAUGCUGAUAUUUAUGAAAGAGUCCAGCCUGGCAUAGAGGAACUAGGACUGGGUACAGAGUGUGUCGGUGGAGGAAGGAUUCGCCACAAUGCCGCAAAAAAAAAGAUCUUGGUUUAUGGCUUCUCGAUGGGUUUUGGAAGAGCUGACCACAAAAUCUCAGUAGCUAAGUUAAAGGCUGUCUAUCCAAACUACACAGAAAUAACUUUUUCUAAUGAUGGUUACUGAUAAAAAGGGAAUCAUAGAAGGUAUAUUUAUGAAUCAUUGCCAUGGUGUGAGGAGAAUUAAAAUGUAAAAGCCAUCUUUUCCUUUAGUAGGAUGGAAACUAUCUAUUUCCUGUGAUAGGGUGAUUAAGAUCCAUGGCAUGAAGAUAGUGCUUUGCACCCAUUUAAUUUUUUAUGCAUUACAAUUUAUUUAUCAUCAAGGCCUGAAGAGGAAACAAAAAAAAAAAUGAGUGCUCAUGAAAUAUUCUGAUGGAGAGGGGGCAAGGGGGGAGGAGAGACCCUUUAGAGAGUCCAUUUUUUUCUUAGCCUACCCUUGUUGGGUAUUUCAAUUGUCCUCCCCAUGCGCUUGUAUAUGGUUAUGUCAUGUCCUUUGGACCCAAAUUCUAUAUGGUUCCUGUAUUAGUAAAUGAUUAACGACCAAGCAUUGCGCUACAUGUUAUGUUUAUUUAUGUAUUAUUAUUAUAAAGCAUUGUCUUGAUUUUAAAUAAAGAGGUAGUAUUAUGGGGUUUUCUUCUGUAUUGUUUACAAGUGUUCAAAAUUACAAGUUAUGCAUUUUCAACAAAUAAACAUACACAAAAAGGA